AUGUCCGGCCUAUCUACGCCGUCCUUGCCAUUCUACAAUGCUACUCCGAAAAACGGUAGACGUUCGCCGUCUCCAACCCGCCGGUCCACAGCGGUUUCGUCCGUGACGACAUCUACAUACUCCAAGCUCCCUCCAGAAGAAGUCGCCAGCCGCUUGACUACCUCCCUCGCCCACGGCCUUUCUCCCGCCGAUGCCGAUGCCCGGCUUCUCCAGCAUGGGCCUAACGAACUCCCUCAUGACGAACCCGAGCCGCUUUGGCUUCGAUUUCUUAAACAGUUCAAGGAGCCCUUGAUUUUAUUGCUCCUUGCUUCCGCAGCCAUUUCCUUCUUGAUGCAGAAUUAUGACGAUGCUGUAAGCAUCACUCUCGCGGUGACUAUAGUGGUCAGUGUCGGAUUCGUCCAGGAAUACCGGUCUGAAAAGUCGCUCGAGGCGCUGAGUCGACUUGUCCCCCAUUUCGCCCAUUUGAUCCGGAACGUACCUACCAAUAACUUCGGUACACCAAAGACGGCCGCUGACGAGGAAGAAUAUGAGAUGGGCGACCUUUCGAAUGGACCAACACAUCCAGUUGGACCGUCUGCAAAGGCAUCGACAACGGUGACCGCCACAAACCUUGUCCCCGGUGACCUGAUUAUUUUCUCUACGGGAGACCGUAUACCAGCAGAUAUUCGAAUCACAUCGGCAACGCAUCUCACCAUCGACGAAUCUAAUUUAACGGGAGAGAAUGAGCCCGUAUGCAAGGUUUCAAACUCGUUGGGCCAGCCUCAGAAGCAAUUCCAAGACGGUAAAAACUCCCCAUUUUAUGAUUCACCUGCUGCUGGGACAGUUGGGACCGACCUUCGGUUAAAUGAGCAACAUAACAUCGCGUUUAUGGGCACAUUGGUCAGAUCUGGCCAUGGCCAGGGCAUCGUUAUUGCCACUGGACCCAACACGGAGUUUGGAAGCAUAUCUGCCUCUCUACAGGAUAUUGAAAGCCCUAGGACGCCAUUACAGCUAUCCAUGGAUCGACUCGGCCAAGAAUUGAGUUACAUGUCGUUCAUCGUGAUUGGGAUUAUUGUUGUGGUCGGGUUAAUACAAGGCAGGAAAUUGCUGGAAAUGUUCACGAUCGGUGUCUCCCUUGCUGUUGCUGCCAUUCCCGAGGGUCUUCCGAUCAUUGUAACUGUCACACUUGCGCUCGGUGUCCUAAGAAUGGCGAACCGUGGUGCAAUUGUAAGGCGGCUACCUAGUGUAGAGACGCUAGGUUCAGUCAACGUCGUGUGCAGUGACAAAACCGGCACGUUGACCUUGAACCAUAUGACUGUGACCAAAAUGUGGCAUUUCGAUAUUGAGCAGCCAUUCGAGGUGAACAAGGAGCAUACACCACUUAACCUUACUCCGGCUGCUCGGACAAUCAUGCGAGUAGGCAACAUUGCAAACAAUAGUCGACUAUCAAGAGCCCAUGCGAACUCUCCAGCAACGGCCGCUUCCGCUGCUGUCCUAUCUUCCACGAUGGAUAGUUCCUCGGGAGCCAUUAAGAGUCGUUGGGUUGGCCAGCCUACCGAUGUUGCAAUCCUUGAUAUGCUAGAUACCCUAGGAGAAGACGAUGUCCGGGACGUGAUCAGCGGCCGGGUCUCAGAAACCCCUUUUAGCUCGGAGCGAAAGUGGAUGGGCGUUAUUGUGGCAAGUGCAUCUUCAACUGAUAAUGCUAUCAGCCACACCGGCUCAGACAUGGCUUAUAUCAAAGGCGCAUUAGAGGAAGUUUUGAAAAGAUGCGAUACCUACCUUACCAAGGAUGGAAGGGAGGUUAUCCUAGACGAACAGCGGAGAAAAGCUGCUAAAAUGGCCGCCGAGUCAAUGGCCCAGGAAGGUCUUCGGGUUCUUGGAUUCGCUAGUGGGCCGAUUAGAAGUCAAAUGGCCGCUUCGAAGCACACAGCAAGUAAUGAUGAAAAGCGCUACACCGGGCUUAUCUUUGCCGGUCUAGUCGGCAUGAAUGAUCCGCCUAGGAAAGAUGUUCACAAGUCCAUCCGGCGACUCAUGGCCGGGGGAGUCAAGGUUAUUAUGAUUACCGGCGAUGCGGAAACUACUGCUGUUGCCAUUGCAAAGAAACUUGGGAUGCCAAUAAAUGCAUCUUCCACCGCAAGACCAGUCCUUCGGGGCGAUGAAAUCGACCACAUGACCACCGAAGAGUUGGCACAGGCAAUUGCCGGAACCUCGAUAUUCGCAAGAACCAGUCCAGACCAUAAGAUGAAGAUCGUGAAAGCACUUCAAUCACGAGGCGACGUUGUGGCCAUGACUGGCGACGGAGUCAACGACGCACCCGCCCUGAAAAAGGCAGAUAUCGGUAUAUCUAUGGGUAAACUAGGCACUGAUGUUGCAAAGGAGGCAGCUGACAUGAUCUUAACGGAUGACGAUUUCUCGACGAUUUUACGAGCAAUUGAGCAAGGCAAGGGAAUAUUUUACAACAUUCAAAACUUCAUCACAUUUCAAUUGAGUACUAGUGUAGCGGCGCUGAGCUUAGUCCUCGUCAGCACUGGACUGGGCUUCAAGAAUCCUCUAAAUGCCAUGCAAAUACUAUGGAUCAAUAUCCUCAUGGACGGCCCACCCGCCCAAUCUCUCGGUGUCGAGCCAGUUGAUCCAUCAAUAAUGGUCCGGCCUCCUCGCUCCAAACAUGCACGAGUUCUCACCAAACCUCUCAUCCGCCGUGUCUUAACCUCCGCAUGCUUUAUCAUGAUAGGCACUCUGGCCGUCUACAUCCACCAAAUGGCCGACCACACCGACGAGGUUUCAGGCGCACGCUCCCGUGUUGUCACCCGCCGAGACACCACCAUGACUUUCACCUGCUUCGUUCUCUUCGACAUGUUUAAUGCUCUUGCCUGUCGAUCUGAAUCCAAAUCAUUGCUACGCGGCGAACUAACCCUUACGGGUAACAAGAUGUUUAACUAUGCUGUUCUAGGCUCCCUAUUCGGUCAAGCCUGUGUUAUCUAUUUACCUAUUUUACAAGGGAUUUUCCAGACAGAAGGUCUGGGUUUCUGGGAUCUGGUUUGUUUAGUGUGUAUUUCUAGUUCUGUAUUUUGGGCAGACGAAGCCCGGAAAUAUCUGCUGUGGAAGAAGAAGAUAGGCGGUAUGGGAGUUCCAGCUUCGUCACCUGGGGGAAUGAUGGCUAGUGUUAUUGGGUAUAGUGGCAAUGUAUAG